UUAGGAUUUUUAGAUCCAAACAACCGCCGGUGAUUUGGACUCCCAAAACCCCACACCGUUGGAUCACAAAACCGACUUAAACCCUUUCUUAACCUCUCCGGAGUAAAUCUCCCACAGAAAAUCGAUCGGCUUUCUGCUUUCUGCUUCUGCUUUUGCUUUCAGUCGCUCCACCAUGAGAAGGGCUUCCACUCUCGCCUCACUCCCCCUCCUCUCCCGAUCCCUUUCCACCGCCCACGGCGGCGGCGCCGUAACUUCAGCCCCCACCACCUACGGUCUUCUCCAGGUUGCUCUGUACGGGACCACCUCCACCGGUUCUCAGGCUCCUCGUCGAUGGCUCGAUUCUUUUUCCGGAGGUUCGGGUCGGAAGCUGGCAAUCGGCGUCGCCGGAACUCUGGCUUCGGUCGCGGUCGCCACGUCGCUCGCUCCGGAGGUCUAUGCCAAAGAGCCGCCUCCGGCUGCGCUUGUUCCGAAGGAAGUUGUGCUUUACCAGUACGAAGCCUGCCCUUUCUGCAACAAAGUUAAAGCAUUCUUGGAUUACCACGAUAUACCCUACAAAGUUGUGGAGGUCAACCCACUUAGUAAGAAAGAGAUUAAAUGGUCUGAUUAUAAGAAGGUUCCUAUACUAAUGGUGGACGGAGAGCAGCUGGUAGAUUCAUCAGCUAUAAUUGAUCAGUUGAAUAGCAAAAUUGUUCCUGAGAGAGCAGCCGCUUCUUCCUCAGAUGACGAUGAAGAGAAAAAGUGGCGCCAGUGGGUUGAUAAUCACUUGGUGCAUAUGUUGUCACCAAACAUAUACCGAAAUACAUCGGAGGCCCUUGAGUCCUUUGACUAUAUCACAAGCAAUGGUAAUUUUAGCUACACAGAAAAAAUUUCAGUGAAGUAUGCUGGUGCUGCAGCUAUGUACUUUGUGUCAAAGAAACUAAAGAAGAAAUAUAAUAUUACUGAUGAGCGUGCAUCCCUGUAUGAAGCAGCAGAAACAUGGGUUGAUGCUCUUAACGGGCGGGACUUCCUUGGGGGCUCCAAACCGAAUUUGGCAGACCUUGCUGUUUUUGGGGUGCUAAGACCAAUCCGUUAUUUGAGGUCGGGUAAAGAUAUGGUGGAGCACACACGCAUCGGUGAAUGGUACUCAAGAAUGGAGCGUGCCGUGGGAGAGCGUGCAAGGAUUAAGGAGUAAAUUGGACAUCCCGACGAGUUUGUAGCUGGGUUCUAUACUUCAUUUUUGAGUUUGCCGUAUCUGUCACCAAACUUGAUCAAAUACUAAGAAGAAAGAUUUCUCAGGAGACACUCGGAAGUUAUAAAUUGUCUGAAUACAAGCAACGUUUUGCGAUUAUUCGAUUGUUUGGAAAACGGAAAUUGUUUAUCGUUACAUUAGAUGUGAUUGUUUAGCAGUACAAGGAAUAAGAAAACCAGAGUGUCGAGUUUUACCAAGGGAUGUGGACCUUGUUUUAAAUUAGUUUCAAUCCAAUUGAUAUUUACUGACUA